CACUCCCCCAGCCAACGCUUUGGAUCUCUUCCACUUCUUCUCACACUGUCUGUUGCUCUUGUCAUCACGCAGCUGUUGACGGGACGUGUCAACUCAAGACAUACUCAGAUUGCCUUGCGCUCAUGUGCGACAAGCUGGUUGGUACAUGAGUAUCCCUCUGUAUCAUCCCAAUCCAUCAUGCUUCCCGAACAAAACACCCAGCAAGUAAACCCAGCCUCAAUGCCACCCGGAGUUGAGAGUCCUCGGUCACUGGGCCAAGAAGACGGUGAAAUUAGCGAUCAUGCCUCCGCAUCGUCCCAACACCCCCAGACUGUGGAACUUGACGACGCCAAGGUAGCAGAGCCCCCACUACCUUUAGAGCCACUUCCACCUCCCCUGCCCAGCGAAGAGCCUCCAUCUCAACCAGUGGACGAUGGAUGGGAGCCUGUGUGGGACGACCAAGCACAAGCCUUCUACUUCUACAACAAAUUUACCCGUAUCACGCAAUGGGAGAACCCCAGGGUCCCUGAAGCAAACGGAGCUCGUGCCCCAGGGACAAGUGACAAUGACCAACACUCCACCUUUACCGAGGCGCCACCGGCCAAACGUGUAGGAGGCUACGAUCCAUCCAUUCAUGGUGACUAUGACCCCAACGCCGAUUAUGCCAAGAUGCACUCGACAACCGCACAAGACGAUGCAGACCGGAAUGCGCACAGUGUUGACGCUGCCGAUGUAUAUGCAGCGACAGCAAGCUUUAAUCGCUUCACCGGCCGGUGGCAAAGAGCCGACCUCAACCCGGAGAAUUACAGCGACGAACAAAAGAGCCGGCGCCAGAUGAAUGCAUUCUUUGAUGUGGAUGCGGCGGCCAAUAGUCAUGAUGGCCGAAGUUUACGUGCAGAAAGGGCAGGGAAAAAACUGACAAAGGCUGAGCUCAAGGCGUUCAAGGAGAAGCGCAGGGAGAAGAAAGAAGAGAAGCGGAGGGCCUGGCUGAGGGAUUAGGAAGCAUUCUGGCUAUUGGGUAAAUGGACGACAUCAACGACAGCAUGACAGGGCUCGUAGAAUCGAAUUGGAUAUGCAGGGUUCUAUGACUGGCCCCAUGUGCAAAUGCUUUUCCAUUCUUGGCGUCACAUCUUUGGAUUUCAUGCUCAAUGAGAAUGUCCUUUGUCAUACUUUUUAGAUGACUUUUUAUUAUAAUCACCAAGUUGUGCAUGCCUCGAUCGUGCUGUGGACAGGAGGAGAC